AUGAAUAAAAGUUCUAGUUAUAUGGAAAUCACCCUCAACCGGGUCGAUAAUACGGAGACCGUUAGCUCCCCACACAGCUAUGCCUACGGUGGUGGGAACAGCGGUGCGGCGACGGGUCAAAGCGGCGGCCCUGCCACAGCCCUGCCCGACCACCCCACGAUUUCGAAUCUUUCCAUCACCUCGGCCAUGGUGGGUCUUCCCAUCACCUUCUUUGAGAAUGGAAAGCGGAAGAAGCAGUCUCUCACCACCCCUCCUCUCUCGUCCGAGCUGUCGAGGGUGAAAUCCGAAGACGAGGAGGGAAAGGGCGGGGGGAUCGGGGGCUCCUCCCCCUCCGAGGGCCUGACGCCGGAGGGGUUCCCCUGCACAACGCGUCGCGUGGAGCUGCUCUCCUUUGACCUGGACAACGUCUCCCCGCCGAUUGCGAAUCUCUUUCGCCGGGUGAUCACGACGGAGGUCCCGACCAUGGCGUUUGAUCGGGUUCUCCUCUACGAGAACGACGGGGUGGUGUUGGAUGAGCUGCUCUCGCACCGGCUGGGGCUCGUGCCCGUCGCCGGGCCGGUUUCCCGCAUGGAGUACAUCACAGAGCCCGGACAGGCCAGUUUUCAGUCCCUGGACCCGAAACGGGUGCUGAUGUUUGAGUUGGAGGCGGAGGGCGCGAAGAACGUCGCGGUGACUUCCGUGUACAGUCGGCAGCUGAGUUGGGUCCCCUUGCCUGGGCAGGAAGAGUUUCACUCGGGGCCCAGUUCCCCAUCGGACCCCGAACACAACGAGGCGGAUUCGGUUUUUGUGGUCCACCCGGACAUUUUAUUAACAAAGCUGGGCCCAGGGCAGCGGGUGAAGCUCCGCGCCAUGGCGGUAAAAGGGAUCGGCGCGGUCCACACCAAGUGGAGCCCGGUGUCGGCGUGUUAUUACGAAAUGAAGACCCACAUCGAGCUGACGGAACCUGUGCUCGGUGAGGCCGCCGAACAGCUUGUUAAAAUGAGCCCUAAGGGCGUAUUUGGGUUGGUGAAGGUACCCAAUGAAAAUGAGGAGGAGGAGGAGGAGACCGAAUCAAAGGUAGGCCGUUCCAAGGAUCCCGAGAGUUUAUCAAAGAAAUCGACAACCGUUUCCGCGGUGGUGUUGGACCCAAGCAAGUGUACCAUCAGCCGGGAAUGUUUGCGCACAGACCAAUAUCCAGAACUUGAGAAUAAGGUGAAAAUCACAAAGAACAAGACCAGGGUACGAUUCCAUGUUGAAAGCGUUGGGCAGCUGCACGCGGUGGAAAUAUUUAGAACAGCCUUGACGCUAUUUGCGGAACGAGUGCGGUAUUUAGCGCGGCUCAUUCAGGAUACUGAGGUAGUCGGUGCGGUUCCCGAGUAA